AUGCACUGGUGGGGCAUAUUGUUGCUCUUUUCUCUCCGACUUUGUGGUGGGCACGAGGGUGGUGACUUCGCCAUGGAGGUCACCGAAGUGGCUCCAGACAACAUGAACUCGAACACAAACUAUGCCACGAAGCAUCAUGGAGUAUGGGCUCAAGGAGACUUCGGUCUCAUCACAUCCUCCAAUAAACAGAAGAUCCUCAAACGUUCUUUUAAUCGUGCAUGCAGAAGAGCGCUGUUGCAGGGCUCUACAACCUACAAAGGCAGAAUCUUUACGGCAUCUGAUGUUCCGAGUGCAUACCGCGGGCAACAAGCUGCCACGUCAUCACCGGCCCAACCAGCGGAUGCUAGAUCACAUGCUGCACCUUUUUCGUCAACUUUCUGUUUGACCCGUAAGCCUCGCCCUCCCAAACCAAGACUCAGAUAUUUGGUUUGGAACGCUGGCGGUUUGCCUUAUGAUGAGUUCAUGAUUUGGGCCUCGACCGCUGCCUACGAUGUUCUCAUCAUUACCGAAACACGCAUGAGUUUCAGUUCCGAAUGGGAAGUGCCAGGCUGGAGUUGCGUACACACAGGUCACAAAUUUGCAGGUGUGCUCAUCAUGGUGGCUCGUUCUUACUGCCCUCCGGACAGACUCUCAUGGAGCGAAGUGCAGAAGGGGCGAUUGAUUCAUGUGCGAUUGCAUUUAAGUACUACCAUCAACAUCAUCGGAGUCUACCAACAUGUUUGGGAUACGGGUAAGUCAACUUGCAUCUCACAACGUCAACAGGUCUGGGAUGCCUUAUCACAGGUCUUGCAACUUUGCCCGGCCAGAGCCAUCACACUUUUGCUAGGUGAUUUCAACACCGACUGCGAACCACUACGGGGUCAUGUUGGACCAGCUCAUGUACACCAGCGAAUCCCAAGCUGUCAGCGUUUUGGAGACCGAGAUAGGCUACACACAUGUCUUCAUGAUUUCCAACUAGUGGCGCUAAACACAUGGCAUGGCUGGCAGCCGACCUAUGAGUUCAGAGGCUCUCGGCAUCUUCCUCUAGCUGGUUCGAUACCGGCACGGUGGACUCCGUCGACGGCCGACUUCGUGAUCUCUCCGAGCGCUCCAUUGCGCAGGUUGAGGAUCCAGUCACCAGGCCCUUUCAGCAACCGGACCUCGUGGGACAGACGAGGCUGGCACCUUCGGUCAGCUUUUCAAGUCAUCAGCUCGUGCGAAGAUUCAUCUUCGUGGUGA